CUUGGCAAUUGAAUGGCACGUUUGCAGUUGAGGAUGCACGCGGCUGAAGAUGAGCACAGCGGAGACUUAACGCAAUCCCUUUAGCAAAGCAUUUUUUCUGCGAAUAUGAAUCUAUUCUUUCAGUUCAUCUUAUAAAUAGACUUGCCUAACUUUGUUAUAUGAAUCACAAGUGUCUUGGCAUAUCCAGAUUCUAGAGUGGUUCUCAAAAAAAGCAAAAUUGUUUAAGUUCGAACAGGGCAGGCUCCAAGCCUACAAUACGAACACUACUAGCCUAGAGGCUCUAGCAGAGUCGUCUCGGUUCAUCGUCAACUCAGCUCCUCUCUUUCUUCCCCUCCCCCGCUCCUCCGCGAGACGACCCGCGCCCGUAGCCAUCCAUGUCGAUACAAGGCCAGAUCCUCGAAGUCAGAGUCACUGGGUGCAGGAAGCUGAGGGACACGGAGUUCUUCACGCGGCAGGAUCCCUACGUCUGCAUCGAGUAUGCCACCAACAAGUUCCGCACCCGCACCUGCACCGAUGGGGGAAGGAACCCUACUUUUGACGAGAAGUUUCAUAUACCUCUCAUUGAGGGGCUUCGUGAGCUAACCGUCACAGUGUGGAACAGCAACACGCUCACCCAUGAUGAUUUCAUUGGCAAUGGCAGGGUGCAGCUGCAUAAGGUGCUUACGCGUGGCUAUGAUGAUGCCUCAUGGCCCCUCCAGACACGCCAUAUGAGGUCUGCUGGGGAAGUGACGCUCAUUAUGCAUUUUGAUGUUUCAGCAAUGAAGAACAAGCCGGGAAAAAUUUCUGCCGCGUCAACCACACAUUCUGUUCUUCCAGUGCCGGUACCAGCAGUACCAUAUGCUGCCCCCUCACCUUCAUACGCACUACCCCCUGCAGGAUACCCUGCAGUACCGCCAUAUCAAUCCUAUCCUGCUAGCCAUGUCCCGGCGCCAUAUCCUACUUCAGCAUACCCACAUCCACCACCAUCUCUGCUAGCUCGCGAUGUUGAGCAUGCGGCAUACCCUCCUACAAGUACAACAUAUCCUCCACAGCCGUACCCACCACAGCCGCAGGGACAAACAUACCCACCGCAGCCGCAGGGAGAAACAUACCAACCGCAGCCGCAGCGAGAAACAUACCCACCGCAGCCUCAAGUACAACCAUACCCACCAAAGCCACAGGGACAACCAUACCCACCGCAGCCGCAGGGACAACCAUAUCCACCGCAACCAUAUGGACAAACUUACCCACCACCUCCAAAAGGACAGCCCACAUAUCCACCUGCGCCCUAUCCUUCAACUUAUCCACCAGCACCAUAUUGAUAUGGCACACUUGGUGGACUGAAGUUGUCCACAUACAAAAGCAAGUAAGCAACAAGUGAUGAUCAGUUCUUAUAUUUAUCCAGGGUAUCCAGCCUUCAUCAUCCAGUUAAUUGAAACAAAUGAAAUCAUUCCUGAAGCGAUUCAUGUCAACAUCUUAGCAACCAAUGGUAGUAGUUACCAUCUGGUAUGUAUCAUAUAUCAUAGCUUGCAGAAUGUCACGAAUGGAAUUUGUUCGAUUAUGUUGUAUGUUUUGGGCUUGUUGUAACAGUGAUCCACCUUUGUUCUGUUUUGAGGUCAUGUUUGGCUGUUCUGUGACUGUAACUACUGCUUUUUACAAAGGGGGGAAGCAGUAAUUCUAGUUCUACCUGCAACUGCCUGAUAAGUGUUAACUGUGAAAAGUUGCAGUAGCUUGUCGACUUUGUACCAUGUUGUUUGAGAUGCUCAAUAAAUUUGCUUUGUACUCU